CGCCGCUUGUGCGGACUGGCAACCGUACUGCGAAACCUCAUGAGCUGCCACCACAACCACCAGAAAUCUACAGCUGCGGGGAGCGCGUACCCCACCCUCAAUCCUGGCUCGGGUGCUAAAUGGAUCAAGAGUCUCACCCGGGACCGUAUCAACCAGUUCAACGGGGGCCAUUUCGGUGAUGUGAAUCUCGGUGCGGUGCUCUACGAGCGCAUUGAAGGCGGGAAGAAUUACGUUGACCUUCAAGUAUGGAGCGCGCCGGGGCGGACGAAACCGACGUUCGCAGAGGCGAUGAAGCAGGAGUUCAAGCCUGCGAAGAAGGGAGACUCGUUUGGGCCAAGCUGUUCGUCCCUCCUUUUCAUCUUGACAGACUGUUCAUCGCAAUCCAGGGACGAACCACUGGUGGAAGGUUACACUGCAUAUUCCUCCGAAAGAAUUCGACCAUGUUCACGACAAGAAGUCGAAUUUGAUCCAGGAUGCGAGGCCAUGAUAUUCGACCUCGAUGGAACUCCCGUGCACGGUAUUACCGGUGGUUACGCUGGUGACCGUCGCGUCGAAUAUAUCAUCCCAGCCGCUGCAAGGAAGGCUGGUGUCCACCAUUUCAUCGUCGAGAGCUCAUGUAACGGCAUGUUUGGCAUGCAAGGCGGAGCAAUUUCGCCUCCCGAUCCCAACCGCUACUUUAGCUUGGCGUCUGCGGAUUUGGUGGCUCCCAACCAGGAUGCAUGGCGACUGCUGUGGGAUUUCACUACUCUCAGGGAACUGGUCGACACUUUACCUGGCAAUACACCACUGCAGAACUUAGCGCUGACUACUGCCAAUUCCAUUAUGAACACAUUCGACUGGCGCAAUCGCGAUUCAAUCCUCAAAGCACGUGAGGUGGCGCAACGCGUCUUUGGCCAAGUCUCGAAGGAUUACGAAGGGGUCUACGAGAAGGGCGACGCGAGACCACUUGUUUGGGGCAUUGGACACUGCCAUAUAGACACAGCCUGGCUUUGGCCGUACAGCGUGACGCAGCAGAAGACUGCGCGCUCCUGGGCCACGCAAUUGGAUCUCAUGGCUCGAUACGACGAGCAUCGGUUCACUUGCAGUCAGGCACAGCAGUACAAAUGGUUGGAGCAGCAAUACCCGACCCUCUUCGCUCGACUCUCAGAUGCCGUUGCGGCCAAAAAAUUCCACCCAGUUGGUGGUGCUUGGGUCGAGCACGAUGGGAACAUGCCGAGCGGGGAGGCGUUCGUCCGACAAGUGCUUUAUGGUCAACGGUACUUCGAGUCUCGAUUCGGGUUUCGGUCAGAAACUGGUUGGUUGCCCGACUCGUUCGGGUUGAGUGGUUCGUUGCCGCAGAUCUUCCGAGGGGCGGGAAUGAAGUAUUUUUUCACUCAGAAGCUGAGUUGGAAUAACAUCAAUACCUUCCCACAUUCGACAUUCAACUGGGUCGGUAUCGACGGGACCCAGGUUCUGUGCCAUAUGACACCUGUCGACACGUACACUGCACAAGCGACUGUCGGCGACGUGAACCGGGCGAUAACAAACCACAAGAACCUGGAGUCGUCUGACACGUCCCUGCUGGUGUUUGGAAACGGUGAUGGAGGAGGAGGACCGUUACCGAAGAUGCUCGAGAACCUCCGCCGGAUCCGCGCUGUGACCAAUGAGCAUCGGGAGCUUGCCCCUGUGACCAUGGGCUCGUCAGUCGAUGAGUUCUUUGCAUAUCUUGAGAAGAGCAGCGAAGGGGGCAAGAUGCUCCCGAAUUGGCGAGGGGAACUGUACUUGGAAUUCCAUCGAGGAACCUACACUUCGCAUGGUUCGAUCAAGAAGGGCAAUCGACACUCUGAGAUUUUGCUUCGUGAUGUCGAGCACCUCGCCACGAUUGCCUCGCUGAUUGACACCAAGAAAUACAAAUAUCCCAAGGAAACAUUGGACGUAUGUUGGGAGAAGGUUCUUCUCAAUCAAUUCCACGAUGUGCUUCCUGGAUCAGCAAUUGGCAUGGUAUAUGACGACGCCGAAGUCCUGUACGGCGAAGUGCGAAAAGACAGCGAGGCCUUGAUCGACGAGGCCCUCGAUGUGAUUCUCGGCGGCAACGUCAGUCCGGCAUCGCAUGCCACGGCGCUCAGCCAACUGGUUACGUACAACACGACCCCCUUUGCGCGCCGCGAGGUCGUCAGCGUGGGAUUGACCCGCGGUGCAGGAUUGAUGAAGAGCCAGGUUGUGCAGAUGUCCAGUGACGGUAAAGAGGGAUACGCUGUCGUGCAGUGCGCGGCUGGGGCUGGGGCUGUUAGUGUUGAGGCAUUGCCGGUGACCGAGGCUUGGGGAUUCACACCGGCUUCAGUCUACACGAACGGGUCUGACCACUUCGUGCUGCGCAACUCGACGGUGCAGUUGACGAUCUCGCGUGGCCGGAUCACGAGUCUGUUGGAUGUGAAAUCCGACCGGGAGCUCAUCCAGAAAGGCGCGACCGGUGGAUUCGUGAUUUUCGAGGACCGGCCCAAUUCAUGGGAUGCAUGGGACGUCGAGAUCCACCAUCUGGAGAAGGCCACCCGGCUUGAGUUCGCGAAUGUGUCGGUCGUGGCGCAGGGUCCGCUGAGGGCUGCGGUGAAAGCGGAGGUCUUGUAUGGCAAGAGCAAGAUGGCUGUGACAAUAUCCUUGGAUGCAGUCUCCGCCACGACCAAGUCUGACUCGUUGUCGUUCUUCCGCUUCGAUGCCUGGGUGGACUGGCACGAGAGACACGAGUUCUUGAAAUUCGAACUGCCGUUGGACAUUCAAAGCAACAACGCAACGUAUGAGACGCAGUUUGGCUGGGUCCAGCGACCCACUCACAAGAACACGACAUGGGAUAUGGCACAAUUCGAAGUCUGCGGCCACAAGUACGCUGACCUGAGCGAGUACGGAUAUGGUGUUGCUUUGUUAUCGGAAUCGAAGUACGGGUUUGCCUGCACAGGCAACGUGUUGCGGAUGUCGCUUCUUCGGGCUGCUACUGAGCCCGAUGCCGAGCAGGACCAGGGCGAACAUACGUUCUCUUGGGCUGUGAUGCCGCACAAGGGGCAUUUCCUGGAAUCGGACGUGCCUCAGGCCGCUUAUCUGUUCAAUUCCCCGCUCUACAUCCGCGCCAAAGCCAAUACGACGGCGACGCAGCCUCUCUUCACAGUCUCUGGUGCACCCAACGUUGUGCUGGAGACUGUCAAGCGGGGCGAGGACGACGGCCCGGAGCGCCGGACUGUCGUCUUGCGGUUGUACGAAGCGAUGGGCGGACAUGCGAAGGCGCAGUUGCGGAUAGCCAACGGGCUCGGUGUCCAGGCUGCGUACGAGACGAAUCUUCUGGAAGAUAUAUCGGAAGAGGCGAGGUUGGGGCUCAAGGAUGAGUGUGGCCUGGAGCUCAAGUUCCACGGCUUCGAAGUCAAGACUGUCGUGCUCGUUCUGGGCGAGAAGAAGAAUCAGAAGCGGGAGAGCUGGGUGGAAGAGAAGUAUGCCCAGCACGAAUCUCCUGUCAAUGCACUUAGGGAACUUUUCCAGGGCUAUUCGCUUUAUACCAUCGCGGACGAUGCAGCCCUCAUGAAGACCAUCCAUCUCGCUAACAUCGCCUGCGGGUUUCACGGCGGCGACUUCGCGAUCAUGGACCGCACCGUGCUGCUGGCCAAACAACACGGAGUCAAGGUCGGCGCGCAUCCGUCGCUGCCCGACCGGCAAGGCUUCGGGAGGCGCGAGAUGCCGAGCAUCGAGCCGGACGAGCUCAAGGCCUGCUUCGUGUACCAGAUCGGAGCACUCGAGGGCUUCCUGAGGCUGCAUUCGAUGCGAUUGAACCAUGUCAAACCGCACGGCGCGGUCUACGGCCAGACCGCCCGCUCCCUGCCGCUCGCGCGUGCCGUGGUAGCGGCGACCAAGGCGUUCGGAGGGGACGUCGGGUUUAUGGGCCUGGCGGGGACUAUGCACGAAGAGGCGUGUCGGGAGGCCGGGGUUCCGUUCAUUGCGGAGUAUUUCGCGGAUCUGGAAUACGACGCGGACGGGACGUUGUUGAUUACCAAGAUACACAAGCCAGUCGGCGUGGAGGAUGUCACAAAGAGGAUCAAUCAUCUGCUCACGCAUCGAGAGAUCACGACUAACGCCGGGUCGUACAUCUCACUCAAGUCCUCGGUCGACGAAGUGUCGAUUUGCUGUCAUUCGGAUACGCCGACGAAGUCUGCGGGUCGAUGGGGUCUUGUCGGGGCGCUGGACGACUUCGGACACCCCGUUGCGAACGUGUCGCAGGCGACCGCCAUCUCUUACGGUCUGUGUGUGCGGGCCUGCGGGACGCAGAACGAGGCGUUCAAUUGGAACAUAUUCUCUCAACAAUUCACUGCAUGGCUGCUCCCGUAUCUCGCGCUCGUCUCUCAGCUGCCGUUUGGCGCGCGGACCCGGUUGCAGAACCUCGUUUCGCUGCUGCUCGCUGUUGGUUCUCCCACGCUGGCCGCAUACAGUCUCGCUCUGACCGUUCUCAACGGACAUUGGAUCGCUGAACGCUUCUCUCACCUCCGAUAUCCGAAUGUGCGCAACGCCGUGCGCAUACUGAGCAGCUUACAGCAAUCGCCGCUGGAAGUGGACAAGAACGAGCUCGCGUCUCUCAUCCUGCUGCCUGAGAACGAUGAGUGGUGGGAUGAAUUGGUGGUCUGGUUGAAUUACGUACACACAUGGUCCAUCGCAGCUGUCGCGUCCAUUCUUUGGGUCGUGAUUGCUUACUUGUUCACUGUCGUCGACUCUUUCACUGGUGUGCUUUUACCAUUCAAUGUCGAAGCUUUCAUUGAUAUCUCCGCAGGCAAUACUGUGACCUACUCCAGUCUGAACACCAACGGGCAGGCCGUGGGCUCGGUGUUUCUGUGGCUGCUUCCGAUCGUUGUUUCAUGGCUGCAGAUUAGCCCCAAAUGUGACCAUGAUCGGGUACAUGAAGCCUUGCGGCGGGCCAACAAGAUUGCGUAUGUUGCCACGCCCCAAGGAGAACCCACGCAUGCGGAGAAUGUGUCCAGCAAGCGGGCGAUCUUUCUCCGAAAGGGCUCUGGAUCGAUUCGAUGCGACGAAGACUGCACGUCGCCCAUCUUCAACUACGCACGCUUCAUCCCGUGGACCCUUUCGGUCGAAGAAGUCUAUUGCGCUUUCAGAGAAGCGUCGGUCAAGUCGGAGAGAAACGAGCCUGUCUCGCGGGAUGUCACCUGGGAGAGAGGAGAUCGCCAUCAUCGUGUCAAGCCAUGCAACCGGCGAGGAUCCUUGCCCCAGGUCGCAGCCUACAUCCUGCCUGUCUCCGACGCAUUUUCAUUUGGAAUACUUGGCUCUCGACGAAAUCGACGGCCGGAGGGGAUGGUUUCGCGGUUCCUCCUUGCCUCGCUGCUGACCGUGGGACUCACCUGGGGGACCAUCGGCGCCGCCAUUCUCGUCUCCUAUUUCACACCCACGGAAGGGAUCGGGUGCCGAGCUGGGUCGUACAUCAUCUACGGCGUGCUGUCGAUGGUCGUCUGGAUGCUGCUCGUCGCGUCCAGCCUCAUCGCGCAUUUCUCGACGCCGACGAUGUCGCUCCACGGGCGCUACCUCCACACGGCCACGACCCGGGCUCUCGGCAUCGCGUCGAUUGUCAUCCGGCGCGUCGCUAAGAUGCUGGCUGCGCUCAACUCGGUGUGGAUUGUCGUAGCCUGCUUGUUCCAGUUCAGCAGUUUCUUCGAUCGGUGUCUGUGCAACAGCUCCGUGUUCUCUCUCGGAAGUCGUGCGUUCAAUGCAAUCGACAUCCGCCCAGUCGAUGUAAGGGGCCUCAACGUUCCUUGGAUCGGCGGGGUCGCCCUGGCUUGUGGGUGCGCGAUUGCCUUCAUGGCAUUUGGCAUGGUUCAUAUGAUCAUCACUACUUCUCGCUUUCUCAAAAUUUCCAUGGUGCGCGUGCGGAAGGAAAAGGGAGGUCCGCCCCAGGGCGCUUCUUCUGUCCCAGAAAAUAAAGCGAAGGACAAAUCGAAUAAGAAAUCUUCAAAAAACUCUACCACCAAUCUGGAAGAACAAGUCCUCGCGCUGGGAGGGAGCAAAGCUGAUCUGGAGCUCGUCAAAAGCGUCAAGGGUGUCAAGGGAGGAAAUGCACCAGUUGCCGAUCCAUCGCUUUCGAAGGACGUAUCUGAGUUCUUGAAAACCCUCAACCUUGGAUCCGGUAGUGCCGAUCUUGCCUCGGCGGCGGCGGUAACGACGACCCAGAAGAAAACCAAGCACAAGAAAGCUACCCCUAAGCCGGUCCAAUCAAAGAAAGCCGACUCAAAAGACGUCGAGUCCGCACCCAAAUCAAAAGCGGGUCCCAAAAAGUCUGCGCCAAACGCAGUGGCCUCGACAUCAUCAUCCGCACCCGAAAAGGCCACCCCCAAACAAUCGAAGUCGGUCAAGCAGACCAAGCAGCGCAAGACCGUCGAGCCCAUCGUAGAGCCGCCUGCUGUUGAAGUCGCAGAAGCAGCGGAAUCUACGCCUAAAGUCGAACUUCCGAAGCAAGUGACACUGGACCCGAAAUCGCGAUUCAUCGUGACUCCAGCGUCGCAUUGGUACAACGUCGUCCCGACUUUGCCUUUGGAUACCGCCCCCGCCUCCGCGACCCAGAUCGCAACAUUGAGCACCCGCGCGGCAUCGCUACACGAAACGGACUUGCAGACCUUCCAGACGUCGUCGUCGUCCAACUCCUCAGCCUCGGAAGCGACGUUCUUGUCGAAGAUCAUACAGUCGGGGACCCUGUCCGACCGGCUUAGCGCGCUUACGCUGCUGGUGCAGAGCAGCCCGCUACACAACGUCAGGGCUCUGGAGACGCUCAAAGGAAUGGCGGAGCGCGGCAAGGGAAAGGGGGGCAGGGACGAGAGCUUGAAGGCUCUGCGGUGUGUGGUCGAUUGGUGGGUUGGCGGUGGGGCCCCGGGUCGCAAGCUCAAGUACUUCCGGGACCAGCCGCUGACCCAUCCUUCGGUGACGGACGCACAUCUUCUGGCGUGGUACUUCGAGGAUUGGCUGAAAAAGUACUUUUUCUCGAUCUUGCAGAUCCUGGAGAGCCUGUCGUUGGACCCUCUGCCGUACGUCCGGACGCAGUCGCUCUCCCUGAUCUCGACGCUGCUCCGAGAGAAGCCUGAGCAGGAGCAGAAUCUUCUGCGUUUGCUAGUGAACAAGCUCGGCGACACCGAGAAGGCACUCUGCUCCCGCGCCUCGCAUCAUCUACUGCAGCUCCUCCAGACUCAUCCGUCGAUGAAAGCUGUCGUUGUGCGCGAAGUCAUGGCUCUCGUUCUGCGUCCGGUGGGAUCGUCCGCGGCGGCGGCGGCGGCGGCGGCCCCAGCUUCAGCGGCGGUGAACAAGCACAUCAGGUUUGAUGAUGACGACGAGAAGCCCAAACCCAAGCCUAAGCCCAAACAGCAGGAAAAGAAACCUGCGGGCAACGUCCACGCGCGCUAUUACGCGACAAUCACGUUAAACCAGAUUGUGCUGGGGCCCGGUGACAAGGAGGUGGCGCUCAAGCUCAUCGACGUAUACUUUGAGCUCUUCAAAGAGCUGCUGGGUGAGGGUGCGGUUCCCGAGAACGCUGAGGCUGAGCCCGAGGCCAAGGAGGAGGACGAGAAAAAGGCAGACAAGCAUGGGCGGAUCCGCGAUCACCAGAAGGGAAAGGGAAAGGGCAAACAGACUGAGAUUCGUGGGGCUGCCGGUUUCGCUGAGGUCGAGGACGAGAAUUCCAAGCUCGUGUCUGCCAUCUUAACAGGAGUCAACCGCGCGUUGCCGUUUGCCAAGAUGGAGGCGGGUGAAUCAGCAUUGAGCAAGCACAUAGACACACUGUUCUUGAUCACCCAUACGUCGACAUUCAACAUUUCGCUCCAGGCGCUUGUUCUAAUCCAGCAGAUCUCGACGUCUCUGGAGUCCUCCGCGGGCUCUUCCUCGUCACCGAACUCCAUUGCAGAUCGAUACUAUCGCACGUUGUACUCCUCACUGCACGACCCGCGAUUGGCGAUGUCGUCCAAGCAAGCCAUGUACCUCAAUUUGCUCUUUAAAUCAAUCAAGGCGGAUGCUCCCAACACGGACCGGGUGAAAGCGAUCGUCCGGCGGUUCGUCCAGGUCCUCGUCAGUGGCGGGAGUGGGGCCACCGAGUUCGUUGCUGGAGGGUUGUUUUUGCUGGGCGAACUGUUCAGCAGCGUACCCGGCUUGAGAAGUAUGUUGAGCGGCGGGAACGCCGCGGAGGAGAGCUACGAUCCGAAAAAACGCGAUCCACGAUAUGCCCAUGCCUCUGCGAGUCCCCUGUGGGAGUUGACACCUUUGCUGCAUCAUUAUCAUCCCGCCGUCUCCCUCCAUGCAAGACAGCUGCUUGCCGGCCAACAUCUUACCGCGAGCGCGGACCUGUCGCUCAACACGACGUCACACUUUCUCGACCGGUUCGUGUAUAAGAAUCCUAAACAGGUCAAGCCGAGCGAAAAUAGUCAUAUGGUGGGCAAGGGCAAGGGGUCGAGUGCGAUGCAGCCUGCAGCGAGUGGACUGGAAAGUGGCGUCAAGCUUAUGAAGGGCGAGAUGACGGGCCUGGAGGGACGAGUCAACGACGAGACGUUCUUGAGGAGGAAGGAAUCGGACGUCCCCGUCGACCAGCUGUUUUACUAUAAGUUCUUCACGCGCAAGAGCGCCAAGGACAAGGGCAAGACGAAGGCGGAUCAAGAAGACGAGGACGAAGAUGGGGAUGAGGCAGAAGCCGACGACCAUGAGGACGACGACGACGACGAAGCGGACAGCGGCGAGGAGAUGGAUUUGACUGGUGACGAGGCAAAGGAAAACGGACAGGAUGAUGAGGAUGACAAUGAUGGAGAUGAGAUGAGCGAGUUGGAUGAAGACGAAGUGUGGAAGGCGAUGAAAGCCAGCAUGCCAAAAGCAGACGGAGACGAAGAUCUACUGGACGACAGCGAUGUAGAUAUCGAUGACGACGAAGAACUCGACCUCAGUGCGCUAAAUGGGGAUUCCGAUGAAAUGGACGACGACUCGGAAGCCGCCAACUCUGCAGACGCUGACUCUGACGACGCACUGUCGUUUGCUGAAGGCUCAGACAACGAGGACCUCAUCUCCCUCGACGGUGAAGGCGGGCUGAUCGAGUACGAUGGUGGCUCUGAUGACGAGGAAGAGUGGGGUGGAAUCAGUGGCGACGCAAACACCAAGAAACGCAAGCGUGACGAGGAUGCAUCUGCGAGCAAACGAAAGAAGAAACGCUCGUUGCCCACUUUCGCGAGCUACGAAGACUAUGCCAAGAUGAUUGAGGAUGGGCCUGAGGAUUAUAUAUAGCUUAGCGUGUUGGUGUAGGAACUAGACAACUUGACGCAAACUAGCAACGUCGUGUGUGUAUUCGUUAUUUGCUCUCCACGUGAGCGUGUAUCCGAUAUGUGCACAGCCUUGGCUAUUGACAGAGUUUCGCGCAUCACCUACCACGUCCCCCGAAAUUCGCUCAUGGCAGACGCAGAGAAGAAACUGUACAAGGCCAAGCUUGAAGCCCGGGACCAAUUCAUUCGCGAGUCGUGGGUCAAAGCCAUGGAGGUCCGUCUCGUGCGCGAGGAGCUAGAGAAGUGCCGCAAGGGAGAGGGCCCGAACGCGCUGGAGAACUGCAGGUGGCUAGCCGACAAAUACAUGCAGAUGCUGCAGGACAACCAGCUCAAGGGAUACAAGACUAUCGAGCGGGAGUAGAUCUUUGCGGAGAAAACUUUUGAUACAUAGAAUUCUCGAUACUGCUUUCAUCGACACGCUCGCAUGCCAACCUCACGGGGUCUUCA